UCCCGGGCUUUUCCAGUUGAAUGCUUCUGGGCUCCGGGCCAAGGGCUCUCCUGGCGGCAGCCUUGGCGGCGCUUUUCCUACUUUUGCUCUUCUCCCGCGGCUCCAGAAGAGGGAAGGUGCGAAAGCAAGGGACGCAAACCCCUCUCGCUGUGUUUGUUGUGUGUGUGUGUGUGUGUGUGUGUGUGUGUGUGUGUGUGUGAGAGAGAGAGAGAGAGAGAGAACGAGCAGGAAGCCAAGAGCGAGAAGAUCCUGGUGGCUCCCGGGCGUGCCGGCGAAACCUUUUUCCAAGAGGAGCACGCACCGACCAGGUCGCAACUUCAAACAAAAAAGAGGUCGCGCUCGUGCGCUUUGUUACGACUCCCCCCGCCCAUGAUCCCAUUUCGCUGCUAUCCUCACAGCGUCGCGUGUGACUCCCGAAGGCUGCGGGCUCCGCUGUGCCCAGAAUUCUCAAUGAGGACCAGGCGCCGGACAUGAAGGUGACCUGGACUGGGCAGGGAAGGUGGCAUGUCGAACUUCCACCCGGUGAGGUUGCAGACUUGUCCCAGUUCUCCACGGGACUCGUGGAUCCUAUCCCUGAAAGAAACCUCAUCUACGAGCUUUGGAAAAAAAUGCACUUGUUCCGCAGCUGCAGCUAUCGGAUCCAGCUGGAGGGGCAGAUGAACAAUGCCCCAAGGAUCCAGGGCAUCCGAUGGACUCCUCUUCCAGAGAGUGAAUCAACUCUGGUGCCUGGCCACAACCUAAAGCAGGCUUCCUCCAACAAAAUUCGGAGAGCAGGAAGGCUCCUCUGUGCACACUUGAUAGUCAUGUAUCCAGAUUUAAUCCGCGAUCACAAGCAUCACCUCCGGCUUCACAGGCAGUGUUGUUCUGGGAAGGAGCUGGUAGAUGCACUUCUUAGUGCAGGACUUUCGGUGCAGACCCGCAGCCAGGCCCUUGGCCUUUGUCAAGUGUUGAUGGAUGAAGGAGUACUGGCUCACGUACGACAGGAGAGCUACUUUCAGGAUCGAGAUGCUCACUUCUUCCGAUUUGUGGCCUUGGAACCAGAUGCUGAAGACAGGGAUGGAGAGGAACUACUGGAGGCGUUGGCAUUGCUGACCCAGCUGGGCCCAACUGCAUUGCUCACCACCAUCCUACGCAAACCUCCUAACCAACGCACAGAUGAGGAACUUGCACUGAUCUUUGAGGAGUUACUGCAUGUCAAAGCAGUAGCCCAUCUCUCCAGUUCGGUGAGGAGAGAGUUGGCUGCUGUACUGCUUUUUGAGUCCCACGCCAAGGCUGGAACUGUGUUGUUCAGCCAAGGAGACAAGGGCACAUCCUGGUACAUCAUUUGGAAGGGAUCAGUCAAUGUUGUUACACAUGAUAAGGGCUUAGUGUGCACAUUACAUGAAGGUGAUGACUUUGGCCAGCUGGCACUUGUGAAUGAUGCCCCCCGUGCUGCCACCAUCAUCCUUCGUGAAGACAGUUGCCACUUCUUGCGAGUGGACAAAAGGGAUUUCAACCGGAUUCUCAAGGAUGUUGAAGCUAACACCCUGCGGCUGAAGGAACAUGGGAAAGUGGUGCUUGUUUUAGAGAAGAAUUCACAAGGCAGUAAUUCCAGUCACCUUGCUGGGACUCUGGGGAGCAGUAGAUAUUCAGUGAUGGCUGGAACCCCUGAAAAAAUACUUGAUUACCUAUUGGAAACCAUGCGUUCAGAUUCUACCCUUUCUGAUCCUGUUGAUACAUUUCUGGGAGAUUUUCUCCUGACGUACUGUGUGUUCAUGCCGACGCCACAGCUGUGCCGAACCUUGCUCCAACACUUCCAUUCGGAACCUUCCGAAGGCUCAGAGCAGGACAAAGCUGCUUAUAUCCUGGGGAAAAGGCAAAAGAUCCUGUGGUUGGUCAACCGGUGGGUGUCCUUGUACGGACGGCUGCUGCAAGCAGAGGCCUGUGCCGUGGCCUUUUUGCAGACCAUGUCAGAAUGUGCAACUCAAGAUGCUCGUUUGGGCCCCCUGCUUCGAGAACAAAUACAGGAUCGCCGGAGAAACCGAGCGAUAGAAAAUGGCAGCAACUGUGCAUCCCCAAAGCUACAGGUCAGGAACGUUGUGAACUGGUUUGCCAUCCAAGAAGAACCUUUUCUGAAUAGCAGUUACACCAUCCGAAUCAAGGACAAAGUUUCAUAUGACAUAUACAGGCCUGACUAUUCCUGCCUUACCAGACUGUUACAGGUGAAUGCCUCAGUUAAGGAAAUCAUUGCAUCAUUAGUAGACUGUCAGGACUGGAACAAAGAUUGGAUCCUAGUCAAGGUCAAUUCAGCAGGAGAUAAAGUUGUCUUGCCCAUGGAAGCUUUUGGUGUGUUUACAUCCCUGGGGUUGAAUGAGAGACUUUUUGCUGUCAGUGUUCAAGAGCUUCACAACUUGGCACCUCACCCUGAACAGCUUGGUCCCAGAACUGGUUCCUGGGAAAGUUUGGAUUUCAUUAGUUCAAAGGACCUGGCUAAUCAGUUCACCGAGCAUGACUGGAACCUCUUCAAAAGCAUCCAUCAGGUGGAGUUGAUUUACUACGUGGUUGGGCCACAGAAAUUUCCCAGUGCAACCACAGCCAAUGUGGAGCGUUUCCUGCGUCGUUUCAAUGAGUUGCAGUUCUGGAUCACCACUGAGCUCUGCUUAUGUCCUGAUGUUAUCAAAAGAGCCCAGCUGCUCCGUAAAUUCAUCAAGCUGGCUGCACACCUAAAAGACCAAAAGAACCUGAAUUCCUUCUUUGCUGUGAUGUUUGGCCUGAGCCACUCUGCCAUCAGCCGCCUUUCUAGGACUUGGGAGAAACUUCCACACAAGACGAGAAAGCUAUAUGGCACUAUGGAACGGAUGUUGGAUCCUUCUUGGAAUCACCGUGUUUAUAGACUGGCUGUGGCUAAGCUGUCUCCACCCAUGAUCCCUUUUAUGCCCCUCCUUCUUAAAGAUAUGACCUUCAUUCACGAGGGCAACCGUACCUUGGUGGAGAACCUUGUCAACUUUGAGAAGCUGCGCAUGAUGGCCAAAGCUGUUCACCUUGUACAUCACUGUCGGAGUCAUCCCAACCUUCCCCUCUCUCCCUUGCGCAGUCGUCCCCAGUACCUCUUGGAAGAAGCUCGGGCAAUCCGUGCCUCAACCUGCUCAGAACAAUCCCUCAGCAUUCGAAGUCCAGCUGCAACCUGGGCCCAUAUCCAGCCCUUGAGAGUGAUUGACAGACAGAAGGAACUUUUGCGGCUCUCACGAGACCUUGAAUCUUGAUACUAGAAGAUUGCCCAAGCAAGGACAGAAAGUAUGCCAAGGACUGUUUGGGAAGGCACCUUCUGGUGGGUUAGGCCAACGCCCCUCGCAUUUGGCCAGAGGAAGAUCUCAAGCAGACGAGAAAGCUCCUCAUAUUCUUGGUGGAACGUUUGAUCUGUCCUGAUCAUUGAAAAAUGGGUGACAUCUUUGCAGAGCCUAAGGAACGAUGUGUCACCUUGCCUCAGGUUUUACAAACGGCAAAAUUUCUGGUGUGAAAAAAGACUGAGUCAUGGAAUGCUUUAAGCUGCCUUACCGGGAAAGGAGCAAAACUCCCACUUAUCAGAUACCAGUGUUCAACAGAAAUAUGUUUGUUU